CUUCCGGAACACUUUACAUAGGCAGCCAUGACUUGCAAUCUGCUACUGACUAUGCUGUUGCUCCUGGCCUCCCCCGCGACAUCUUUCAACGACUGCGAGUUUCUGCUGGAGGGCGGGGAUCCGUUUACACUGGUCUGUAAGGCUCAAGUAAGUGCCGAACUGAAACAGAGCUUCCGGGACAGGUGGAUCAAGGCAAACACGCCGUACUGGAUCUGGAUGAGACAUCGACCAGUGUCCCAAAUGCUUAUAUCCUUCCACCAUUCGGCCAUCUCGCCGUGCGAAAAUGUCACCCUCAGCCUAAACUGCCUGCACUGCUACCAGAGCGACACUCCUGGGGAACACAUAGAAGCUGAUAGAAUCCACUGCCAUGAUGGUAGAUUCGCCUACAUCGUGGCCCUUCAAAAGACCUGCGGUAUGAAUAUUGAGUGCGAUAUCGAACAUAUUGCCCUUUACUAUGCAAAGCGGGGUCCGCCGGAGUCAUCGGGAGCCGCCCAAACAGUUCCCUGGGGGAUGGGUUGGCUCUGGGACAGCUGGAUGUGGCCUGAGUAA